UGAUCUUAUUAGAGUACCUGCAAAUACACUUUGAAAAUAGAGGAGAAAAUUGAAGAGAAAAUUCUGUUAUUUCGUCUAAAAAAAGGAAAGAACAGCAAAAGCGGGGGUACCAGGCAAUCCCAUGAUGCACCAGGCCGUGUAUACAGUCUGCGUGAUUCUCGAACUGUUCUUGAUAGUCACAGCAUCCACGAAUAUCGAGCUCAAAUCAGCAGCCAAGAAAGAAAAUGUAGAUAAGCGAAGUUCAGAGCCAAGCACAUGGGCUUGCCAUGCUGGUUGUAAGAAAUUCUGUCUUCCUUCAUGCAAGAGAAGUUGCUGCGCACCAGGAGCAGAACCUUAUCAUCAAGGAAUGUUUAAAGACCUUUUGAACUAUCAAGACACUCUGCCUCCUCCACCCCCUCCGCCUAUGAUGCCCCCACCUGGAAUGCCAGGACAACCGGCUGCUGGUGGUCAGUGCGCUCAAGGCUGCCCACAGUCAUGUGCACCCUCGUGCCAACCACAAUGUUGUUCUGGUGGCCAAAUGGGAGCCCAUGGCAUGCAACCAAACCCAUACCAACAACAACAACAGCCCUACGGUUACCAGCAACAACAAGGUUAUCCACAACAGACAGGCCGCAACUACCAAACUGGAUUGGCCAGCCCCGGAUAUCCGCAAUAUGGUAGCAGUUACGCGCAAGGGUUGGCGGGUAAUGCUGGCUACCAAAAUGAUAAUGAUGACAUGUACAAUAUACACAUCCCAUCAGCAUUUGAGCGCCUCAAGGCUUUGAGAAAAACUAGCCCACGUUACAAGCCAGCUAUGAAGCCAAAACCAAAAUCAAAGGUUCAAGCCAAGAGAUAUCGACAUCGCUUUUACGACAAGGAGGGAAAUCCUCAUGAUGAGAUAGUUUAUGAUGGAGCGAGAUGCGAUCCCAGUUGUCGCAAGCUUUGUGAGCCAUCGUGUCGGUUUGAGUGCUGUGUUGGGCCUGCCCCAAGCAAAAAGAAGCCUGCCAAGAAGGUAGACAACAAUCAACCUAUUGCAACCCUGGUUAGUCCAGUUCAGAGCGAUGGCAAACUGACGUACCCAUAUGCUGACGGUACACCAGCACCAAGCAACACCGCUGGUCAAACCGAACCACCAGCAGACGCAUCGGCGAAUGCUCAGCCUGGAUCUGAAGGUGGCCAACCCCAACCCGCACAAGAAGGCUCUCCUGAAGAGAGUUCCGAUGUAGGAGCCAGGCCCUAUGGUCAGCCCUCGCCGUACGGUCAAUAUGGAGGUUAUCAAAGGCCUAAUCAGUUUCAAGGUGGAUAUGGUAGUCAACAGGGUUACCAACAACAGGGGCCUUAUGGUGGAUACCAAAAUCCACAACAACGACCACCACCAUAUCAUGGACAUCCAGGAGGUACACACGGAAGAUAUCAGAAUCCACAAGGACAAUAUCCAGGUAGCCAUGGUUACCCCCAACAAACACCAGGUUACCCUGCACAGCCUGGUUACCCUCCACAGCCUGGUUAUCCUCAACAGCCUGGGUACCCCGCAGCCCAACCAGGAGCCCAAGCUGGUUCACCAGCAUCAUAUGCUCAAGGGUUGUCCCAAAACCAACAGCAGUGCCCUGCACCUUGUCCACAGGCGUGCGCCCCAUCCUGCUCACAGCAAUGUUGUAGUCCCAGCCCACCACCAAUGCAAUCAUGUGGCGGUGGGUGUGCGAGCAGUUGUGCUCCGGCAUGCGCUCCCAAGUGCUGUUGGGAUAGAAAACGAAGCAAGAUUCCAAAGAAAUUAUAGGAUAUGAGAAUUGAAGAUUUCGUCAAGACGUUAAUAUGUGAUAUAGUCAUAUUCUGAACUAUAUUGGAGACCACUUAAAUAUAUAACUAAUUAACAAAUAACCUGAGUUAAAUCAGGUUAUAACAAUGCAGCUGUACAUAGUGCACAGCUCCGAAAGGACAACACACGAGUGUGACGGAGAAAUUUCACUGUAUGCCGGAGAAAUUUUAUCGUUUUGGUAACAAGACAGUCAGUAUAUUUCGUUUGCUCCACAAAAUCUGAAUACAUUUGACGUACAUCAGUAUUGUGUAGCACCAAAUAAGUUCUCUAAGCUUAAAUUGCUAUGACAGUAAGUGUUCAUUCAGACGCUCUUCAAGGGAUACACUUUGGUAUUAUUCAGUUUUCAUUCCACAUGUUUGAUUAUGCUCAAUUUAAUAAAUUGUACAUUGGACUGUAAAUACCUGUAUACUCCAAAGUUUAUAUUUUGAUUAUUUAUCAAAAAUGUAGACUG